AUGGGAGAGAAUACCCAGAAAACCUGCCACGAUUCUCCUUUAUCCACCGUAUAUUCCAAGUGGAUCAACCUGGGUUUGAACCACGCCCUUCGAUGCGGAAGGUUAGCCGUCUUAUCAGUGCCCCAGGGGUCACCCCGCGGCGGCGGCGGCGGCGGCUGCGGGGGCGGUGGCGCGGGCGGCGGGGACGAGUCGAAGCCACGCAAGAUCCGUCGCUCGCGGACCACCUUCACCACGUUCCAGCUGCACCAGCUGGAGCGCGCCUUCGAGAAGACGCAGUACCCGGACGUGUUCACGCGCGAGGAGCUCGCCCUGCGCCUGGAUCUGAGCGAGGCGCGCGUGCAGGUGUGGUUCCAGAACCGUCGGGCCAAGUGGCGCAAGCGGGAGAAAGCCAUGGGCCGGGAGACGGCCGCCUUCAUGCACGCCGACGCCGGA